UUUUAGCAGAAUAAUAUCUGAUCCCGCCAAACCUCGUGCCCGCCCUGUAGUAAACAACGACUGGAAAACAGCGACGUAGCAUCGUCACAUAGAAAUAGCAAGAGAACUUCGAAUAUAUCACCGAUUAACAAUGUCUGAGAAGAACAAUAACGAGAACCUUACAGAUCCAAUCGCCUCCGACAAGCAAGAUCGGCUUGCCAUGUCUGCCGCCGAGACAACACCGCAGGCCAACACUGAAGCCCCUACCUCCGAGGGUGCCCCUAGGUCGGAGGGAGCCCCCCCUACCACCACGCAUUCCAUUCCAUGUCAGUCUACCAGGUAUACCUAUGAGGACUUUGAGUCUAUGGCAGAAUGCCUGUUGUCAAGGCAACCGCAUCGUCCAACAAUAGGCAUCAUCUGCGGUUCAGGCCUGAUGAACCUGGGAAAUAAACUGGAGGAGAGGUACACGAUACCCUACGAGAAGAUUCCAAACUUUCCCGUCAGCACAGUUGAGGGACACCAUGGUCAGUUUGUAUUUGGAACAUUGAAUGGGAAGACAGUGGUGAUGAUGCAGGGAAGGUUUCAUCUUUAUGAGGGUUACCCAGCAUGGAAGCUUGUCGCACCUGUGAGGGUGAUGAAGCUCCUUGGAGUUGAGACCCUGGUGGUUACCAACGCGGCAGGUGGAAUGAAUCCAAACUACAAGGUCGGAGACAUCAUGGUCAUGAUCGAUCACAUAGGAAUGCCGACAUUGGCUGGUGCUAACCCCCUCGUUGGUCCCAACGAUGAAAGGUUUGGAGCAAGAUUUAUCAACAUGUCCGAUGUCUACGACAAGAAGCUGAGGAAGCUUACGAUGAAGGUCGCUCAGGAUCUGCAGUGUUCGACGUUCGUCAAAGAGGGCAUUUACGUCAUGGUCGGAGGGCCUUCAUACGAGACUCCAGCUGAACUUAGGCUUCUACGGUCAUUGGGAGCGGAUGUUGUAGGUAUGAGCACUGUCCCUGAAGUGAUAGCCGCAAGGCAUUGUGGGAUGCGCGUCCUUGGCUUCUCGCUGGUCACGAAUUGUUGCAUCAUGGACUACGCCACCCACGGUGAGACGAAUCACGAGGAGGUCCUGGAGACCGGCAAGUGGCGCGCAGGAGUCAUGCAAGACCUAAUCGGACAAGUCGUAGAGAGGAUAAACGGAGAGGAAUGAUAAAUUCUACUCUGCAAGUUUCCUCCAUGCUGAAUAGUCGUGUACAGAUUUUAUUAGACAUUUAGAGAAAGGAUGUUCUUUCUCUCAUCGCUUGUUAUAUAAAAGACUUUGGGAAGAGCGAGUUCUCUUUCAGCUCUAAACAUAGUUUAUCUACUUCUUGAAUUCGAGCAGAAUGUAAUUCAGCAGCUACUAUCCUGAUGUGAACGUCCACCACUCACAUUUGAACUUCUUCCAUUCACAUAUGAUCGUCAAGGAACUCCCAGAACCAAACAUUCAUCUUGGCUUCUGUCAGCAAACGUAUUUCUUGAGGGUGACAUUACUUUGUCAUCCUGUGUUGAGGAAAGCAUCGUUUUUAUGACUCAAGUUUGCAGGAAUUCCAAGGCAUGGGGUACAAUACUCUUUUUAUAAAGAGAAACAGGAAUGUACCAGGAUUUCAAAAUGAUAUUUUUUGUGAUACAUGGACUGUUUGCAUAUGCGAAUGGUUAUAGUGAGAAGAGCACUUUUAUGCAGUGCUGGUGUUAAUACCCUGCGGUCCAUACUGUACUAAUUCAGUUAAAUGCGACCCUAGGUGUUUGGAUUUAAACCUGAUUUUGAAACAAAAACCUAAACCCAACUGUAAGGUUUUAACCUUGGUAGAGUACAGGCCAACUUCUUCUUGCAAAGCUCAGCACAAAAUAACACAUCUUUCAAAGUAUUCCAAGUUUGUUCACCUACAAAAAGCCUUUAAAAAGCCUAUUCUCCAAUAUUUGGUAAGUGCACACAAAUGAUAAGCAUUGAUGUUUGGUUUUCUGUGUUGGUGAAUGCGUCAUCAAAAUCAAGUGAUAAUAAGGCUUUGAAGUGGUACAUUUCCAUGUCGUAGGGACUAUGGAGUUUCUGAUUGGUCAUCAUGUCAACAUGAUAUCCUUCAUAUUAUAAAUGAAUUGUUAAAGGUAAGGAAGUCAACAUAGAUUUGCAGAGGAACUACAUUUUCUCCGGAAAUAUAAUACUGAUCACAUUUGCAAUUUUUUUUACAGGGUAAAUAAAGAUAUGAUUUAAUACAAGUUUUAAAAAUUGUUAUUACCGGUAAGCAUGUCUCAUGAAUUUCCUCAUUUAAAAAAAUCUAUUUAAUUCUAUUCUGGUACUAAAUUAUAAUUUGUUUUAAAUUAAAUUUUCAGAAAGAGCUUGUUAAUAAAUGUGACCACCUGCAGCACAAGAUCAUUUUGACACAAACGGAAAUUUUGCUCUUUUUGUUAAAUUGUCAGUGCUUUUUAAAGGUGGCAUGACUGGCAAACGUAAUGGUUGCUAUGGUAACCAUGGUUACCUAUUAACAGCUAGCAACUAUGCAAGGUUUCUUCAUUUCCUGUGUGUUAGUGGUCUUGCACAGUCAGGAGCUUUGAUGUUUAUUGAUUCUCAGCAAUUUAAUAGGAAGUGGCAUAGUGCCGUUCUGAUUAUUUAAUUCCUCUCUCAAACACUUGUGUGAAUUCAUUCUUAGGAUCAGAAAGGAACAUUUGUAUCUUAAGUAUGAUGGUGGUGGUUAUUCUAUGGUUAUUCUGUAUAGUAAGUUAUUGUACCGAAGAGGCUACCUCUAUUAAGUCCAAACAAAGGUCCAAUCAUGAAUUUCUUUUCAUUCGCAAGACUGGUUUAUUAAUAUAGAAAUUAGGAUACUACAUUCUUACUCUUCGUGCUUGUAGUUCGUUGGGUUUUAAUGUUAUGAAUAAUUUCAAUAACCUUUCUCCUUAAUUCUUUGGGAUUCUUUGUACUUUGUUUUUCAGGGUUCACCUGCCUUUAAUUCAAUGAAAUUCUCAGUUAAUCUAUAAUUCAGUUAAAAGGGAGGUCAGUUGUGUACUUGUGUUAUCAAUGUAUUGUAUAGUAUGUUUAAACAUUGCUGUACUACUUAUCAUUAAGCCCAACAUAUUGUAUAUUUAUUCUCUCAUCAUUAAACCUGUGAUGCUUGAACUUUAUCUGGAUAUCCCAAUUUAGACAAAGAGUGCAAUAUCCAGAGAUUUUACAUUUUUUGUGUCAAAUACUUGACAGGAAGAGUCUUAAUCCACAGCUACCUAAUGGCUUAAACAGUGCUGUAUUAUAUAGAGUACCCGGUAAGAUAGCUUGCAUUAUUUAUCAUAGCCUUCUUUCUGUGUUAUGAUAUACAUGUACAUUUGAAUGAUUUUAGUUCAUACCAGUAGAAAGUAUUUGAUGGGGUUUUCAUCAUUAUCUUCAUUUUAAGGACACUGGUAAAAUGUUCAUUGUUGUCUUCUUUAUUAUAGCUGUGGUACAAUUGUCAUCAUUAUUUUCUUUCUAACGACUCAUGAAAGAAGGUUUGUUGACCAUGUGGAUAUUUCUGGGAGGGGGGGGGGGGGGGGGGGGGGGGGGGGGCUUGAAGUAUUCAAAAUGUGAAUUUUGGGGUCUUUUAUUUCUAAUCAAGUUUGUUAUAAUAAUCUUCUGUUAGGGCAAAAAAGUUUUCUCUCUAUGAAUCUGGUGUAAAUCCUUUUAAUCUGCAAAUUUUUAUCUGUCUUUUAUAGCCCCACAUGUAUCAUAUUUAAUUAUAAGACUUUAGGAAGAUCAGAAGAGAAACAAUUAUCAAUUUUUAACAUUCUCUCUGAUUUGUGUAUUUCAAGAAUUUAUAAAAAUUCAAUUGACAUUUACAUCUAUCCUUUUUAUUUAACGUCUAUGUCGGUACUCUCUAGUAACCUGUGUGUUGUGCAUAUGUGUACUUCAAUUUCCAUCUAUUUAUUUGCCAUAACUUGUAUUUAAAACCUUUUGUACCUUGUUAGUUUUAAGAUAUUCCUCUUCUCUUUUUCUCUUUAUUCUUUGUCCAUUGUCCCCAGUAAUACUAUAGUCAAAAUCUUUUUGUUUGUAUUCAAGCUGUGUGUACAUGUAUAAAUGUAUGUUCCGCACAACUGAUUUUCGAAAUGUCAUUAACUAGCAAUGAAGCAUAAUAUAUUCUACGUUCAUUGCCAUUAGAUUGAAACUUGUAGUUUUGGUUUCUGAACGUAAUUAUGUGUCUCAUAAAUCAUUAUCUACAUCGAGAUGUCUUUAAUGAGAUUGAUGAUAUAUUACCAUAGUUUAUUGUGCUGGCAGUUUUAAUCCAUGAAUAAAUUGCUCUCGAUUUGUCAACAGGCA